AAGCCUUGCGCGGGCCUGCCGUUUUUCUGCGGCUUCAGUGAGCAGAGUAUUGGGUGAAUGGGAGGGGGAGCUGCGGUUGGAAUCUUGUCCCAGGAAGAGAACGACCCUCAGCGGAAGAAUUUCUGGCCCAGGGACACGGCGGCUGAGUGAGAGGUGAGUGUCGGGAGGCGGCGGCGCUGACUCUCAGGGUCCGGGCUCCGCGUCUCUGCUCCCGGAGCUGCCUCCCGACUACCUGGGGACAGGGACAGCCGUCACGGUCGGACAGCCUCCGCAGACCCCUUCUGGGUGCGCCGAGCCAUGGAUGGCUCAGAGCUGGCCGGGAAGAUCCUUUACACCUGGAUGACUCUGGUGCUCGGCUUCAUACUCCUGCCUUCGGCCUUUGGGGUGUCGCUGGGCAUCUCCCAGAUCUACAUGAAGAUCCUAGUGAAAACUUUAGAGUGGGCCACGAUACGAAUUGAAAAAGGAGUCUCAAAGAAAUCAGUUCUUAAACACUCAGCUUCUGUUGGUAUUAUCCAAAGAGAUGAGUCACCCAUGGAAAAAGGGCUCUCUGGUCUGCGAGGAAGGGACUUUGAGCUGUCUGACGUGUUUUAUUUCUCCAAGAAGGGAUUGGAAGCCAUUGUGGAAGACGAGGUGACCCAGAGGUUCUCCUCAGAGGAGCUAGUGUCAUGGAAUCUCCUCACAAGGACCAAUGUAAAUUUCCAGUACAUCAGUCCGCGGCUCACCAUGGUAUGGGUGCUGGGCGUCCUAGUGCGCUACUGUAUCCUACUACCUCUGAGGGUUACCUUGGCUUUCAUUGGGAUCAGUUUGUUGGUUAUGGGAACCACGUUGGUUGGACAGCUGCCGGAGAGCAGCCUCAAAAACUGGCUGAGUGAACUGGUCCACCUGACUUGCUGCAGAAUCUGUGUUCGUGCCCUCUCUGGUACCAUUCAUUAUCAUAACAAGCAGUACAAACCCCAGAAGGGAGGCAUUUGUGUUGCCAACCACACGUCCCCGAUAGAUGUUUUGAUCUUGACAAUGGAUGGGUGCUAUGCUAUGGUUGGCCAAGUUCAUGGUGGAUUGAUGGGAAUUAUUCAGAGAGCUAUGGUCAAGGCUUGUCCACAUGUCUGGUUUGAACGUUCAGAAAUGAAGGACCGACACCUGGUUACUCAGAGACUAAGAGAACAUAUUGCUGAUAAGAAAAAAUUACCCAUAUUAAUCUUUCCUGAAGGAACUUGCAUCAACAAUACUUCAGUAAUGAUGUUCAAAAAGGGAAGCUUUGAAAUUGGAGGAACCAUACAUCCAGUUGCAAUUAAGUAUAAUCCUCAAUUUGGCGAUGCAUUUUGGAACAGUAGUAAAUACAACAUGGUGAGCUACCUGCUUCGAAUGAUGACCAGCUGGGCCAUUGUCUGUGACGUGUGGUACAUGCCCCCUAUGACUAGAGAGAAAGGAGAAGAUGCAGUCCAGUUUGCUAAUAGGGUUAAGUCUGCUAUUGCUGUACAAGGAGGAUUGACUGAGCUUCCCUGGGCAGCUGCUUCAGCUCUACCCAGUGAGUACAACAGAAUGGCCAGCAGGGAAGAACUAAAACAAGAAGGAUGUACUCAUGUCUUUGGGAACCUCAGGCGGGAAGUUGGACACGCCACCUCCACUUGUAUCUGUUGACUAGAACUCAAGUCAUGUGAUAACACCUUGAUGCAAAGGGCUCUGGGAGAUGUAGUCUUUGUUCUGUAUGGCCAUGUGUCUAGCUAAAAUUAAGAAUUCUUUCACUGAAGAAGAAAGUGUGAAUGGAUUUGAGCAUGGGGUAUGGACCUUGGGAGGCGAGGGGCAACCCCCAGGCUUGUGCAUAUUUAACUCUAGCUAUAACUAUGUUAAAUAAAACUUAAAAACUUGACAGGAAGUAAGUGAAAUAUUUUUAGUUAUGGAUAACUAUAGCUUUAGUUUUUUGUUCAUUUGUUUGAGGAAGACUGAGUGUAGUUGAGUGUCAGUUUGCUCAGGCUGCCAAAACAAACUACCAUAGACUGGGUGACUUAAGCAACAGAAAUUUAUUUUGUCGCAGUUCUGAAGGCUGGAAACUGUGUGAUGUGUCUUCUUAUAAGGGCACUAUAUCCAUCUUGAGGGCCCAGUGCUCAUGAUCUUAUUUAAACCUAAUUAGCUGCCAAAGGUCCCAUCUCCAAAUACUGUAUUUUUUGGGGUUAGGGCUUCAGUAUGAAUUUGGGGGAGCACACAAACUUUUAGUCUGUGUCAGUGAGGGUUAAAUGUACCUAUGUUAUGAUGGGGGAUUAAAUUUUUACACACACAUAGACAUUGUAUUUCGUAGACUGGCAUAAAACAGUCCAUACUUCAAGGCCUACUAAUAUUAGGUCCCUGCUGUUUAUCUUUUUGGUGUUUUGAAAACAUGUGAUGUGGAAAGUUCAUGGGAGUCAAUUUUGGCAGUGUUCUAGCAGCAGGAUGUGGCUAACCAAGUCAGGCUCUCAGCCAGGCAGCCAAAAACAUCUGAACACAUGGAGGGACCCAGGACUGUUUAGGGAUUAAGCCUCUGGUAGAAGAGCCAGCUGGAUUCUUAUGUACCCUUUAAUGCAAGGGGGAGGGGAUUAUCUCUAAAAUACUUAAUCCAUUCACGUAUCUUGAACACAGCUAAUUUCACUCAGGGAAGACUUUCUGGCAUCCAUUAUGCUAAUUAAUAAGCUAUUAAUUUCUACAGUAAAAACCUAUUUCUAAAAUUCAUUAUGCUACUUAUAAAGCUUGGGAGGAUGAUGGGAGAACAAGGUAGCUGAAGGCUUAUAGUGGUACCUCUGGAGGGUGGCCUUCUGACUACAUGCUUGGCUGACCCCUCUGGGAGUAUGAGUUCUUGAUUUAGGGCAACUGACUGGCCUUAAGGUCAGGAUUAGGGUUAACAGGACUGGGACAUUAUGCUGUACGUCAGAGACUGACACAUUGUUAACUGACUAUACUUCAACAACAAAUAAAAUAAAAUAAAAUGAAAUAAUUUAAACAAAAAAAGAGUAGGGUUAAGAUGGGUUAAGACCAACAUUUGUGUUACGUUCUCUACACUGGAAUAUGUGAAACUAAAUUACACACAUCCCACCAUCAUGAAAUGACAGGCUUACCAAUGCUGUAGUUUAUAGAUGCCCUAGUGACCCAUGUUCUUGUAUCUUCCUUGUUCAUUGUUUUCUAGUCUUUAUCCCCCUACCUCUUGCCUGACACCCUAGCCCUGCUCCUGCCCUGAAAAGCUUAGAGCUUUGGAUCUAUAGCCUCAGAUAACAAGGAAAGGAAGAAAACUUUGAGAAACAAAAUAGCCUAAGGGAGUUAGCCCCAGGACAGACUCUCAGUCAGACUGGCUUGAAUAGAAUGGCAAAAGUAACGCUCAGAGUUUUAACAUUUCCUUAUAUCAGGCCAUAUGUGAUUUUAUAAUAAAAGGUUGUUUUUAAUUACCUAGUCUCUUCUUUAAAAAGAAAAUAGGCUCACUGCCUUUCCAGAUGUAUUUGUCAUUCAUCCAUCAGGUGUGAAUUAGCAUGUCUAGAUUGUUUUUUUUCCUAGAUUAAGUGAGAAUUUACUUGUAUCAUCUUAAACUGGCUUUUAUUUAUGGCUGCUGUCCUCCUUAAGAACUAAGAUCUGAACCCUCCUACACUGUUGGUGGGAAUGGAAAUUAGUGCAGCCACCAUGAAGGACAGUAUGGAGGUUUUCCUUAAAAAAACUUAAAAUAGAAUUACCAUAUGAUCCAGCAAUCCCACUCU